AUGCUAACUUUAACGAUAAACUUUAUACAAAACAAAGAGUCGAGUCCAGCGGUGAGUCACUUCGUGUACCAGGAAUCGAACUCGGACGAGCCGUUCCCCACGACUGGCUCACCGCUGGUUAACAAACCCGUGAGCGCGCACAGUCGCAAGCGUUGGGGCCAGGUCUCAACGGCCAGGUCGCCACCACCUACAUUGUACGUGUUGAUCAACCCAUUGACUUAA